ACUACCCAAAAAAACAAUGGAAACACAGAGAAACUAUGGAAUGCAUCGCCAAUCUUUGGCAACGUACGAGGAUUCAACCCAAAUCUUGUUUGACUCGACCACCCCAAAAUCGCCGUCCCGCUCGUUAGUCCGUUACAAAUACCCUACACACGCGGACACGCCUCGCCUCGCCGAUCACGCCGCCCAACCCGCUCCCCCCACCGUCUCCGGCAAUGGCGCCUGACCUCGACGACGACCUCAUCCGUGCGGAGGCCGAGGCCGCGCUCAGGCUCCACCGCAACGGCCGCCGCGACGAGGCGCUGUCCCGCGCGAUGGACCUCGCCAUCCAGCACAAGCGGUCCUCCCCGCUCGCGCUCAACCUCUCCGGUGACCUCAACAUGGCCGCGCACCGCCGGAACCGCCGCCGCGGCCGCGGCGCCGCCGCCGACGACAAGGCGCUGGCGGAGAGGCAGGCGAAGUUCGCCGCCACCUGCUACAAGAUGUCGCUCGACGCCGUCCCGGACUGCGUCGAGACGUUCGCCGCCUAUGGCGAGGCCCUCGUCGGGACGGGGAUGUGGAAGCCGGCGUGGGACGCGUUCAUGCGCGCCGCCGCGAUCGCCCACCCGGCCGACCCGGCGGCGCACCGCCUGGGCGGCUACGGCCGGAGCGCGGGGCUGACGAGGGGGGAGAGGGUGGAGAUGGCCAAGGCGAGGCUGCGCCGCGCCAUCGACUGCUACUCCAACGCGCGCUGCGAGGACGCCGUCGCCGAGGUGCUCGCAACCGUCGAGCACCACGGCGCCGCCUCCGCCGUGCACGGCGCGGCGAAGCUCGCCGACCGCUACCCGUCGUCGGCGCGGGCGCAGUGCCUCCCGGCCUACGUGGCCGUGGAGCUAGCUCGCGAGCGCCGCGGCGGCGCGGCGUACCCGGCGACGGCGGCCACCCCGAGGCACAAGACGCUGCGCCGCGCGCUCGCCACGAUGGACACCGCCGCCCGCACCUUCGACCGAUCGCUCGUGGUCGCGCUGUUCCGCGCGAAGCUGCUCGCCUGCCUCCACGACUACGACGCCGCCGAGGCCGAAUGCCGCCGCGCCCUCGCCGUCGAUAACCCCGACGACCCGGCGGCGCACGAAAUCCCCCUCGGAUCUGCGAUCGGAGAAGAGUACGACGACAUGGUGUCAUCCCUCAGGAAACAACUCUGUGAUCUUCAGAAGAAGCUUGUCUUGUUAGCCGUACACGAUUGGGCAUCCAUGGAAAGCGAGAAGCAAUCUCAGAUCCUCUCCGUCAGCAUCGACGAACUGCGCGAACACUACAGCAAGAUCGACCAAAUCGCGGCGAACACAGUCUCCGAAGCGCGGCGCUUCUCCAAGACACACGGUUCAUGGUGUUUCUGGAUUUGCCCGCGAUCUUCGGGCCAAUGUGCAGGCAAGAAGUUCCUGGACACUGCAUCUUUGCUGGAACAUCUGCGCAAUAAGCACCCGGACGAUCUAUGGGUGAAUUUGAAGUCAUUUCUUGACACAAAACUGUGUGGAAAAUUUAAAACUGAGAAUGCAUCACAGGAUGGCUAUUCAUGCCACGAUGAGAUGUUACAGUUUCAGAGCAUAGAUGGUAUGAUCGAGCUAGUGUUAAACCUACCUCCUGGUGGAAUGAAAUCAGAGACCCUGUCAGAGAUGAGGAGGAGGAAAUGCAGUGAAUUAGCUGAGAUCCUUGACAGAAUCAAGAAGAAGUUGAGGGCUUGUCCUAAAGAUUUAUCAAGCUCUGAGUUUGAUCAGGUUCGUUCUGAAAUGCAAGAUCUGUGGCUGAAGUUUACCGAGUUGUCGGUUUUCGAUUACCGUGAAGCAGUCGUGCCCCUUGCGAGGAUGUAUCAAUGGAAAGAGUUAAAGAAACGCAUCAGUGAAGAUGGGAGCAUUAUUGCUGCUUGGAGUAUCGAUGAUAUAUUUGGUGAUGUUCCUGCAGAACAUGCCUCCCUUGAUGAAAAAGUUGGCCAUCAAACUGGGGAGAACAAAGUGACAAAUAAAUCAGAUAACUUGAAGGCAUGAGCUCCCAAACAAAAGGCUCCUAUUCUCCAACACAAAGAAAGGGCCAGCUGCGACGCAAUAUCCCGAUCUUUUUCUACAUUAUAUUUUAUAAAUUUGAAAUCUUGUGUGGCACUAUGAACGAGUGGGACAUGAGAAUAGUUUGCUAGCUUUUGAAGUUAGCUAGUUAGUGUCACGGAAAAAAUGAGAAUAUCAAUUAGCUUACGAUUAUUUAAGUACUCGCUCUAUUUAAAAAUAUAAUGCAUAACUAUUUUUUUAAUGUUUCAUAAUUCAAUGCAUGUGACAUAUGUAAUUAACUAUUAUAUUUAUGUAAUGUAUUAAUUGGGAU